AUGGCCAACGGCAAGACGUUUGCCUCCGGUCUCAAAGGCCCAGACACUGGGGCAUCCUCUCUCUCGACCACUGCGCAGAGACCCCUACUCAAGCACGAACUCAUACUCGGAGACAAGAACGAGAGUGCACCCGCCGGGGAGACCUACCACGGGAUUCCGCUCGACAGCGAACAAGUCGUUCGACUGAUUACCAUCUUUGCGCAUGGAAAAGCAGUUCAAGUCACUGAUACGGCUAUGGAUACCGACUGGCGUCAUCGAUAUGAAGAGAGCAAGCUAAAUGAUAAAGCGAUAUUUGAGAUGCUAGCCACUACUCGAUACCGCAACACGCGACCAGAAGACGCAGUGCCAGGCUUUAUCUCAACCUUGGUCGGAACUUAA